GCCUGAAAUUGCCGAACUUUUGCGAACAUCAUACUAAACUUUUCGUCUUCCACCUCAGCGCAGCAGCAGCAGCAGCAUUCACAACAAACACAAACACGACCUGCUCCCUUCUCCUUGCGUGUUUGUUCGACCAGACUGCUCACUGAGACGACAACGACAGCACACAGGCAGAGAGCCUUGAAAGACUGGUGUCUUUGAUUGUCACACUCUUCAACCAACAAAGGCUAAGAUGGCGAAGCGCACGCGCAGUGACGGAUUCCGUCGCACAGACAUCGACAAAUUCGAUGAGGACAAGUACCACGACGAGGUUGAGGCGAGCCAGGUUGACAGCGCGCUGGCAUCGCAGAUGCAGAAGGAGGCAAUUGGCCUGCUCAACGGCGGAAAGAAGGCAGAGGCCCUCAAGGCAGCGCUCAAGUCUCCUCCCCUUUCUUAUCGCACAGCUCAACCCGACCCCGUCAAGGUGGAGUACCUCAAGGUUGUGCUUGACAUUCUCGGAGCAUUUAAGUCCACGGAGGUGGCAGCCGCCGUCAAGGAGUUGUCACAGGACGAGUGCGAUCUUCUGAUGAAGUUUGUGUACCGCGGCAUGGAGUACCUUGCGCGCCCCAACACGGCGGCGGCCAAGGCCAUGGAGGAGGACGAGGCCCGCAGGGCUUACUCCAACAUCCUCCUCACCUGGCACAAGCAGGCAACAGAGCACGGAGGCCUUGGCUGCGUUGUUCGCGCCAUGGCGGACCGCAAAACCGUCUAACAAACCAACCAACCAACCCCCCUUCUCUCCCUCGCCGAUCCCCUUUCCCUCCGUGCGUCGUUGCUCCCUGGCUUUCUUUCGCUUCUUCUCGUGCGUGCAAGUUGAUGUGAUACGUGCAUGUGCCUGUAUCUGUGUCUUGUAUCGGUGUUGACGUGCAUGCAUGACCGCCAGAGCCAUGCUGUGAGCGCUGCUUGUCUUCGAUGUGUGUGCUUGUAUGUGCAUGAGUGAGUGUGUGUGUGUCUGUCUGUGUGUGUGUGUGUUCUUUUUGUGUACUUUUGUGUGCUGGUCUCUGUCGCUCCCCUUCUGUUUUGCUCCUCCACGCCUUGUUUUGUCACUGGCUGGGGCUGC